GAGGACGAAUCCCAUCAUCCAGGAGACACCCUGCGCAGCCAUGAGGACCCUCAGCGCCCUGCUCCUUCUGCCCCUCUUCUUCUGGGGAGCCCCGGCCCUUUGUCCGUCUCCUUCGGACCUUGUCAACGACUACGGGGAAAAGCUCUGCGCCCGGAUGUUCGAGCACAGCAACCACUACUUCGACCAGUCCUGCGGAGGCAACUUCCUAGAUGCCAAAAACGGAGAUGAUUUUCCGUAUAUGCCCCUGGGAUGGGGCAAUAAGAUUUCUUCGCUGGUGGUCGCCAAUCGCUGUACCCUCAAAGUGUGGAGCAAAGCGGCCAAACUGGGCAACAACCGUUCCUUCUCUGCCGGGGUGGUCUACCAGCUGAAGGACUACUCCAACGGCCUGUUCGGGGACUGGAACGACGCCAUACAGGCUUACUUCUGCACCUGCUCCUAGGGGGGCAUUUGAGGGGCUUUAGAGAGAGAGAGAGAGAGAGAGAGAGAGAGAGAGAGAGAGAGACUGUCCUUGCUGGGUCAAUAAACCUUUUCCACCCUCUCCAAA